UUUUUUGAAGUCCCUAAUAUCUUCAGCGGUCCAGAAAAGAAGUUGACUUUGUCACAUGCUGGUGAACUCCUUUUCAACUACAAAUUUCUUGUCUUGAAGGACACCAUUGUAAGUUGGCAUGGAUACUGCACAUUCUCUUCCAAUAGCAAGGGUCUUUAUGAAUUUUAUUUUAAUUCAAGUAGUAGAACCAGCUUCCUAGACUAUUCAAAUGGAUGUAUUGUGGGACGUGAACUCUCUUGAUCCAACUGUGUUAAGUUUGGCUGGCCUAUCAUUAUUCUUAAGCAUUCAUACUAUUAGUAUGGAACCAAAUUGAUUCUUACAUGCUAACAUAUUGAGCGACUCAUGUAAACAGCAUAAAUAAAAAUAGAUGAGAAAUAAAAUUAUGUAAGGGGAAUGAAAAUGAAGCUUUUCUGUUAUCCUCUCAAAGGGCAUGCUUGUUAGCCCUUUGGAAUUUAUGUUAAUCUCUUUUCAUUAAAAUACUUCUCAUGAUACUCAGAAACAAAACGUGAAACAGCAUGUUCCCAAGGCUUAGUCAUAAUAUAAGGGAAACACAAGUCACCUAACUUAAAUGUGUCCUAUUAAAAAUGAUGGUGCUACUUAUUUUACAGCACUUAGUAGCUGUCGUCACUGAGAACAAGUUUUACUUUUUUUUCCACAAAGAACAAACUACAAAUUCUGAGAUAAGUUAACAGGCUUUCCCCUCUCUUUUAUUGAAAAUGGAUUUGUUUUCCUCUCACAAAUAUAUCCUGAUUCUGUUUUCCACUCCCGUUCCUCCUCCCACAGUACGCCCUCCCACCCCCCACUCUUUUUCUGUCGUUAAAAAAGUAACAGGUUUCUCAGGGCAAAUAAUAAAACAAAACAAAAAUAAAAUAAGAAAACAAAAACUAACACAUUGAAAUUGAACAAAAUGAACCAACAAACGAGAGUCCAAGAGAAGGCAAAAGAUUUAAAGAGCUACAUGUCCACACAUUCAGGAAUUCCUUUAAAAAAAGUGAAGUGGAAGCAAGACCCAGGAGAUCUCUUGCAGACCCGUGCCGGCCCAAUGCAUGCUGCCUCAGUCUCUCAACCGGCAAUUUUAAACUCAGGAUGUUGAUUGCUGCAAAUAUCAAUUGUCAUAAUCACUUUAGUUACUAUGGUGAGACACAAGGAAACUCGGCAUUGUGUCACUGAGGAAUGUUCACCGCUGAGUUCACAGGUUGCCCCAUGGAUAUUUUCCAGCACUUUGCCUUUGCAGACCUGGAUGUAAGCCAGGUUGUCACCCCCGAUGCCAUUGUGUGUCGCACCAUCUGCACCUUCCAUCCCAACUGCCUUUUCUUCACAUUCUACACGAAUGAAUGGAAGUCAGAAUCACGGAGAAAUGUUUGUUUUCUUAAGACAUCUAAGAGUGGAAGACCAAGUCCCUCUGUUCCUCAAGAAAAUGCUGUAUCUGGAUACAGUCUCUUCACCUGCAGAAAAGCUCGCCCUGAACCCUGCCAUUCCAAAAUUUACUCCGGAGUUGAGUUUGAAGGGGAAGAACUGAACGUGGCCUUCGUGCAAGGGGCAGAUGCGUGCCAAGAGACUUGUACACACACAAUCCGCUGUCAAUUUUUCACCUACUCAUUACUUCCCCGAGACUGCAAGGAGGAGAGGUGUAAAUGUUCCUUAAGGUUAUCCACGGAUGGCUCUCCAACUAGGAUCACCUAUGGGACACAGGGGAGCUCUGGUUAUUCUCAGAGAUUGUGUAGUGUUGUGGACAGCUCUGACUGUACAGCAAAAAUAAAUGCACGUAUUGUGGGAGGAUCGAACUCUUCUUUAGGGGAGUGGCCGUGGCAGGUCAGCCUGCAAGUGAAGCUGGCAUCUCUUGAUCAUUUGUGUGGAGGGUCCAUCAUCGGACACCAAUGGAUACUGACGGCUGCCCAUUGCUUUGAUGGGAUUCCCUACCCAGAUGUGUGGCGUAUAUAUAGUGGGAUUCUGAAUCUGUCAGAGAUUACGACAGAAACGCCUUUCUCAAGAAUAAAGGAGCUUAUUAUUCAUCAGAAAUACAAAAUCUCAGAAGGCAAUUACGAUAUUGCCUUAAUAAAGCUUCAGACACCCCUGAAUUACACUGAAUUCCAAAAACCAAUAUGCCUGCCUUCCAAAGCUGACACAAAUACAAUUUAUACCAGCUGUUGGGUGACUGGAUGGGGCUACACGAAGGAACAAGGUGAAACCCCAGAUAUUCUACAAAAGGCAACUAUUCCUUUGGUACCAAAUGAAGAAUGCCAGAAAAAAUACAGAGAUUAUGUCAUAAACAAGCAGAUGCUCUGUGCUGGCUACAAAGAAGGAGGAACAGAUGCUUGUAAGGGAGAUUCCGGUGGCCCCUUAGUCUGUAAACACAGUGGAAGGUGGCAGUUGGUGGGUAUCACCAGUUGGGGUGAAGGCUGUGCCCGCAAGGAGCAACCAGGAGUCUACACCAAAGUUGCUGAGUACAUAGACUGGAUAUUGGAGAAGACACAGAGCAUCGAUGAAAGAGCUCUGGCAACAUCUCCAGCAUGAGGAGGCUGGGUACCGAGGAGGAAGAGCCAAGCUGGCACUCGCUUUACCACCUGCCCUCAAAGCAAACUAGAGCUCCGGAAUUCUCUUCUGCAAAAUGUUGAUAAUGGUGUCUACCUCACAUCUUUAUUGUAGGAUUAAAAAUCCAAAUGUAGAUACAGUUGCUGAAGACAGCGCCUUGCUCAAGUGUGCUUCCUGUCCUGAGAAACAGGAGCUCCAAUGAGAAUUAGCCAACGAUCACCAAGCUUGUUUGGAAGUAAAAUGUUCAAAGGGUUUUAUUAGGUAGUGAAAUGUCUAGAUGUGAAGCAGUUGAAAACAAGACCCCAGAUUCUCGAACAGUCCUUGGGACCGUUCACAUGAAACUGUUGACUCUGGACCUCAGCAGAUCUCAGAGUUAUUGUCUGUCCACUUCCAACAUUUAUGUAUUAGAAUCUGAUUCUAUUCUUUCAUGAACUUCUGAUUCUAUUCUUUCAAGAACUCAGAAACCUGGCUCUAUCCUUUGGGUGGGAGAUAUCUUUGUAACACUUCCUUUACAAUAAAAAGAUGCUGUACUUGAAUCUGA